CGCACAAUCAAAACAGAACCAGCUUAUCCAGGACAUAUCCCUCUCAAUUGGUUUGAAAAUGCAUUUCUAGCAGUUGGCUCUGCCGUCGUGUCGCUCACGAACCCUAGGAGAGGAGAUAUGGUCGCCACGCUUGGAGAAACUACGGCGGGACCUGCGCUUCCUCGGCUUCGCGAUAUCAUGCUCGAGAGCGCUGAAGGUCGCAGGAUCUUGAAGGAAUGUCCAAGGGUGACGUCUACCACCGUCGACAUGAACGCCCUUGCAAAACUACCCGAGGGUACCUUUGGACACACCUAUGUGACGUGGCUCGAGCGGUGUGGCGUUACGCCCGAUACCCGUGCGCCCGUACAUUACAUUUCGGACCCUGAGCUUGCAUAUGUCAUGCAACGCUACCGCGAGUGCCACGAUUUCUACCAUUCACUCCUCAACCUCCCAGUCUCUGUCGAAUACGAAAUCGCUUUGAAGGUCUUCGAGUUCACAAAUCUCGGUCUUCCAAUGACUCUGCUCUCUACCGCUGCUGCCGUUCGCCUUACUCCGGCAAAGAGAAAGAGGCUGUUUGAGGAAUACGUGCCGUGGGCUCUGAGGUGUGGAAGCAGUGCGAAGAGUCUGAUCACAGUUUAUUGGGAAGAGAAGUGGGCAAUGGAUGUCGGUGAGCUGAGGAGAGAGUUGGGAGUUUGGGAGGCACCGGAGGCAAAAUGGAGGAGACCGCUGAAGGAGGCCAAAGAAGCGGCAGAAAAGAGA